GCCCCCGGACCCGGCCCGGGCCCCUCCCUCCUCCGCGAUGUUCUUCAGGAUCCCGCCACCGCAGAGGCGACAGCCCGGCCCCGCCCGGGCCUGAGGUCGGCGGCCGGUGCCCCGGGCAGCGGAGGUGGGGCCUGGCCGGGGGUGGGGGUCGGGGCGUUGAGGGGGAGGUCUUCGCCUCGCCGGGACCGGGACCGGAGCCGGGACCGGAGCCGGGACCGGGCGGAGGGUGGGACCCGCCUUCCCCGGUCCCCUCCCGCUCUGCCCUUGGCUCCGGGCCCGAGUCGGGGCCGUUGGCCGGAGCGGGGGCGGGGACGGCUGCGGGUGGAAAUCCCGGCCGCCAAGGGGAAGGAUCCCGGUUCGUCCGGGCCCGGUCGGGCUCGGGCUCGGGCUCCGGCUCCGGCUCCGGCUCCGGCUCCGGCGCGGCUCACGAAGGGGGCAUCCAUCCUCCGCCUCCCCGCCCGAAGGCUAAGGAUGCGGCUGGGCCAGCGGGCGCUCUGCGCGCUCCUGCUCCUCCUCUCCGCCUCGCUCGGCCUCCUCUACUUUCGCGUGCGGACGCCCAGGACCCCCGGGUCCCCCCGGCCGCCCCCGGACCCUCUCGGACCGGAGCCCCCCGCUGCCCUGCCCGCCGAGCCCCGCUACGCCCACAUUCCCGUCCGGAUCAAGGAGCACGUGGCGGGGCUGCUGGCUCGGAACAGCUGCCGUUGCGUGGGGAGCUCCGGGGGUUCGCUGGACCUCGGCCUCGGACUGGGUCUCCCCUUCCAGCGGCAGGUCCACGUCCUAGACUUCGGCUCGGCCUUCGACCCCGCCGAGCUGCUCGCAGCGUCGGCCGCCCGCGAACGCGAAUACCGCCGCUUCCUGGACAGGGUCCAGUCCCCCGCCGACCGGCUGCUCGUCGCUCCGGCCAACAGUCCGCUGCAGUAUCCGCUGCAGGGAGUACAGGUCCGGCCGCUGGGCAGCGUGCUGGUCCCCGGCCUGAGCCUGCAGGCUUCCGGGAGGGAGCUAUACCAGGUCAACCUCUCCGCCUCCCUGGGAAUCUGGGACGUGGCCGGAGAGGUGGAGGGGGUGGCCCUGCGAGGGGAGGGGCGGGCGCAGCUCGGCCUGGCCAGUCCGGACCUGGACAGACUGAACCGUCAGCUCCAGCUGGUCACCUACACCAGCGUCCACUACCGGCCGCACUCGGCCGACACGGUUCGGGUCACCACCGACGGCCACCAAGCCGCUUUCGUUAUCCGGAUCCAGCAUCGGCCUAAUCCCCGCCUGUAUCCCACGGGCCCAGCUUCCGAUGGGGCCCCCGGCCCAUACAAUCUCAGCGCCCUGGUCACCAUUGCCACGAAGACCUUCCUUCGCUACGAGCGGCUGCGCACGCUGCUGGCCAGCAUCCGGCGCUUCUACCCCACCGUCACCGUGGUCAUCGCCGAUGACAGCGAGCGGCCCGAGCCCGUUCGCGGACCCUACGUCGAGCAUUACAUCAUGCCCUUCGGGAAGGGCUGGUUCGCCGGCCGCAAUCUGGCCGUGUCCCAAGUGACCACUAAGUACGUGCUGUGGGUGGACGACGACUUUGUGUUCACGGCACGGACGCGGCUGGAGACGCUGGUGGACGUCCUGGAGAGGACUCCCCUGGAUCUGGUCGGAGGCGCCGUGCGGGAAAUCACCGGCUUCACCACCACCUACCGGCAGCGGCUGAACGUGGAGCCGGGCGGCCCCGGCCAGGGCGGCUGCCUGCACCAGCGCCGCGGCUUCCACCACCCGCUGCCCGGCUUCCCCGGCUGUGUGGUCACUGACGGGGUGGUCAAUUUCUUCCUGGCGCGGACCGAACGGGUCCGGGAGGUCGGCUUCGACCCCCGUCUCAGCCGUGUGGGACAUCUGGAGUUCUUCCUGGACGGGCUGGGUUCGCUGCACGUGGGCUCUUGUGCGGAUGUGGUCGUGGACCACGCGUCCAAGAUCAAGCUGCCGUGGGCGGCGCGGGGCGCCGCGGAGGAGAGCUACAGCCGCUUCCGCUACCCCAGCAGUUCGGACACCAGCGUGGUCACCACGCACCAACUCUUCUUCUUCCACAAGCAGCACCUACAGUGCAUGACCGCUGACUGACUGCUCCCUCCUUCACCCGAGCCUCUGGAACGGUCUUGAGGGGAAGCCCCAAGAGGGCCCGGUCCCGGUGACCUAGCCCCCGCCUCCUUCCGGCCAGGCGCCCCCCCCGGCUGCUGCCACCCCGAGGAGGGGCCGGGGGCCCCUGUGGACAGAACGAUGCCCCGAGCCCUCGCCUGCCCCGGCCCCUCCCCGCCGCCCCCCCCGGCCCCCACCCCGGCAACCUGUGCCAAAGCCCCGGCCUCUGAGAAGGCUCACUGUGGCAGUGGAGGACUGGGGGCCUUAAACACAUGGUCACUUCUGGUUCA